AUGCUGGAUUGUACAUCAUCCCUGGUCUUUUUCGAUUAUAUGAAACGUUUUCGCACACAAUAUUUAAGAGCUGUUUUCUUAGGUGAAGCACUAACAUCUGCUAUUCCUACCGUAUUAAUACUUGCGCAAGGUGUAGCAGGUGAAACAAUAUGUAUUCAGAAAAUUAAUAGCACUCUUCUAGAACCCAGUUAUACUCAGCCACGUUUUAGUGUCAAAAUUUUCAUGUUUUGUAUCGCAGGUAUCAUCAUCGCAUCACUUAUUGCUUUCAUUCUUCUUAGAUGGACCAGUAUCGUCCGAUUAGCCGAUGCUGCAGAAAAGAAUGUUCGUGAAAAAGCAAUAUCUAACAGAAAUGUUGCUGUUGAAGAGAACUUACCUAUGGUUAAUGUUAUCAAGUCACGUACAUCAUCGAAAUCAAUUCAACAUAUGCCACGACGUUUAUUUUUUCUUUUUUUAAUUCUUAAUACAGUUAAUUCAACUAUAUCAUUCGGAUGUUUACCAUCAUUGAGUACGUAUGCUUUAUUACCCUUUGGUCAGAAAGCAUUCUAUUAUUGGAGUGUUCUCCUUCCGAUUGCUUAUCCACUUGCAUUACUACUAAGCAUAUACUGGAAACAUGUUUCGAAUCAUGUAAUCGUCCUUCAAUCAAUAUUUAAUUGGCUACUUGCUACUUUCAUUUUUAUUAUUGCUAGACAAAGUCCAUGCCCAUGGUUAGCAGAUACAAUACAAGGUGCUUUGAUGAUUAUUACAGUAUGGUUUAUAAUGUCAUUAACAAGUGGUUUUCUACGAAUAACAAUUGGUAAUCGUAUUAAAAGUGAAUGGGAAGAUGAUAAGGGUAUGUUUUACUAUGGUGGAACAGUUCAAUUAGGAUUAUUAUUAGGAACUAUACCCAUAUAUAUAUUAAUUAAUGUAUUUGGCGUUUUUAUAGAUCGAAAACCAUGUCGAGCAUAUUGUUUUUCCUGA